AUGGUGACUGCUAAAAGCAAGCGCAAGGACCUCGAAGUUCCAGACUUUGUGCGAGAUGAAUGGGCCAACGGUAACCGCUCGGCCAUGGCCAAGAUUCUUCAAGACGUGAACUGGAACAAGGAGAAGUUCGUUGCCCAGGUCGAGGUCACCAUCAAGUCAAAGCACCUGGUGAAGCUAGUAGUGGAAGAAGGUUGGUAUUCCCGCGAGGAAAUGAUUACGGAUUUGAAAUGGAGCGAGACUCUUGCCUUACCUUAUGUACGGUGGUUGGUGCCUGUAAACAAGCGCAUGUACGUUGAAGCUAUGAAUACUUAA